GCUCGAUUGAAGGUUCUCGCGGAUCUCGAUCUGAAGCACUGUGUCUCAUCGCGUAUCGCAUCCUCGGGUCACGGGAAAGGCAUCACGAGCGGUGAAGCGAAACGACUUGCAUUUGCUACCGAAAUUCUAACAAACCCAUCACUGCUAUUUGCUGAUGAGCCAACCACCGGUAUUGACUCGUACAUGGCCUAUCACGUUGUCAAGGUUUUAGAAAAUUUGUCAUCAAUUAGUGGUAAAACGAUCAUUUGUACAAUACAUCAGCCAGCAUCCGAUAUAUUCGAAAUGUUUGACCGAGUGCUGUUCCUUGCCAACGGAAGAGUUGCUUUUCUUGGUUCGUCGAAUUUCACUGGUAAAACGAUCAUUUGUACAAUACAUCAGCCAGCAUCCGAUAUAUUCGAAAUGUUUGACCGAGUGCUGUUCCUUGCCAACGGAAGAGUUGCUUUUCUUGGCGCACCGGCUGAAGCGAUCAAAUUUUUUGGUGCCGUAGGAUAUCCGAUUCCGAGGCAUACAAAUCCGGCAGAUUUUUUUAUCCAGACUUUGUCAAUUGUGCCCGGCAAUGAAGAGAAAUGCACGGAACGCGCGACGAAAAUCGCUGAUGCUGUACGUUAUAAAAAGUGUUUUCUCUGA